GCAUCCGACAUUGACUCAUCUAAAGCUCUAUGAGGCUAUAAUGUCGCCCUGCGGACCUUAAACAGGAUUUAAAACCAGCGCACUGACGUGAACAUUAAUCAGACCGACGCUCAAUGGAAAUCACGUCGAACGGAUCAACUCAUUUACUGAGUGCUGAUUAAGUCUUAAUUACUUUAUAACAUCGGGGAAGCGGGCAGGCAGCAUGCUGGUGAUUCACCUCACUUCCGAUUCAGAGGGGAAUGGGACAGUAAUAACCCUGGUUUGUCCAUCAUCCACAUCUGGCUGUGUGAUUGACUCGGAGAAAGCUAGCAACUGGACUUUGAGCAGCGAAUACAACUCUACCGCUGCUGUGCCAGCGCUUUCUUCAGACAAAUGGAGCAAAUGUGACUUUUGGAUCGGCCUGACUUUAGCCGUGCUCUCGGCUUUUCUCAUAGGGGGAAGCGUGAUCCUAAAAAAGAAGGCACUUCUGCGUUUGGCUGCAAAUGGGGAAACCAGGGCAGGAGAAGGAGGACAUGGCUACCUGAAGGACUGGCUGUGGUGGGGUGGACUGUUGACCAUGGGAGGAGGUGAAGCAGCCAACUUCGCAGCCUACAUGUUUGCUCCAGCUACUGUGGUCACCCCUCUUGGAGCACUGAGUGUACUUUUCAGCGCUAUGUUGUCCUCUCACCUUUUUGGGGAAACGAUGAACCUGAUAGGGAAGCUCGGCUGCAUGCUCAGCCUUUUGGGAAGCACUAUUAUGGUCAUCCAUGCACCAGAAGAGGAAGCUGUGACGACUCUGGAUGAGAUGACAGAUAAGCUGCUGGACCCAGGUUUCCUAGUUUUUGCCAGCAUCCUUCUCAUAGCCUGUCUGAUUAUGAUCUUCUACUUCUCUCCUCGCAUUGGUCACACCAACAUAUUAAUCUACAUAAGCAUUUGCUCGUUGCUCGGAGCCUUCACCGUGUCUUCAGUGAAGGGCCUGGGCAUCUUCCUCCGUACAGUUAUCGUCCAGCCCACCGUCCUCAGUAAUCCUCUUACCUGGAUACUCCUGCUGACUCUAGUGGCUUCCGUCAUCAUCCAAAUCAACUACCUGAACAAGUCUCUGGACACCUUUAACACGCUGCUUGUCUACCCUAUCUACUACGUGUUCUUCACCAGCGUGGUGCUCACCACCUCCAUCAUCUUGUUUAAAGAAUGGAACUCUAUGUCAGCCGUGGACGUCGUGGGCACCAUCGGAGGCUUCCUGGUCAUCGUUCUUGGUGUGAGCAUGCUUCAUCUUUUCAAGGAUCUGCGUGUCACCUUGAAUGAGCUGAGAAAUAAUCUGUGCCAGCCUCAGGCCCUGAAUAGCCCAGGAAAGAGGGAAGACAAGCACAUUCUUAUUGAAAACGUGGACAGCCUCCCACCAAUGAGAGAAGAAGGCCCCAGAGUCUUCAUCAUCAGCUGAACUGUACAAACCUUUUUAAACUGAUUUCUAUUAAAUCCUGAAGACCAAAUCCUAGUUAGAUAUUCACGGGUCCAUUAUCAGUCAAGGAAUGCUUGAUGUCUGCUAGUUUAUUUUGUGUCAGAGCUAAGAGUCUAAUAUGGUGAUAUCAUUACUGACCAUCAUUCGUCUUCAGUAACUGCUUUAUCCUGGUCAAGGUCAUGGUGGAUCUCAGGAAUUCUGGCUUUGAGGCAGGAAUGUACCCUAUAAAGUACACCCACGGACUCCUUUAUUACAAGAAUAGCUGAUCUAACAUGUUUAUUGGGUUGGGAGUAAACCAUGAGAUUUGAGGAAAACCCAUAUUAAAAUACACUUCUAACCUAGCCUCUAGAUUUCAACAAUUUUGGAGACAGGGGCUUGAGGACAGACUGCUAACAAAUAGAAUCUCAUGUAAACAAGCUGACCUGGCUUUCCAGCAUGACCACCUCUGUAAUACAGAGGUCUCAUGAUAAUAGAUUCCACUGGGUCACAAACCACAUCAUCUUUUUUUGGCUUUAUUUAAUAACUAUGUGGUUUCCUAGAAAGAAAAAAAAAGUCGCCCCAACCACACCCACCCCAUUACUUUUAAAGAACUUUACACUCUUAGCUCGAGUACAAACUACAGAAGCAACCAUUGGACACUAAACAUAUUUUGGCUGAACAUGGUCGCUUUUUUUUUUUUUUUUAAACUAAAGCCUUCCUAUACUUUCAUAACUUUUGUAGCUAUAUCAGAGCGGUGUUCUCUGAUGAUGGCGAUUUGUGAUGCAGUUCCUGCUGAGGAUCAGCCUUAAUGAGGCAGAACGCUUAAGUUUCUGGUAUAGAUUUAAUGUUGGACCAAAUAAUUGUUAAUUUUUAAAAAAAAAUUUUUUAGCACAUCUUUAAAAAUCUAUAAUGGUGUCACAUUACAUAUACAGAAAUCUUUUUAUGCUGGUCUUUUUGCUUUUCCUGAAAUAACUAUACUGUGUGUUGUAAUAUGUUUACAAAAUUCGUGCAAGUACGACUGCGUGCAUUCUCCUGGCUCGUCCACAAAGGACAUUUGUCAAAGCAAUUUAAUGCAAAUCUGUCUAUUCGGCUGCUGCUGCUCUUCACUUGCAUGUAAGAAAAUCUUGCUGAAAGCAAAGCACACGCUUCAGGUCAAAACCAUUUCAGAGGUUUACAGUGUGUGAAACUGAGGACCUGUACCAUACAUUUGUCAGAGUAGAGUAUAACUAUAGUAGUAUUGCAGAUAACUUUUAAAACUGGUAAAUGUUGUAUGGAAAUGUUUUAUGUGUCCUGUUUUAAAACGUGAAAUAUAUUUCAGAAACUGUGAAAAAUGUAAUGUCACUAAGGGCACACGAUGCAUCAGCUGUUGAAUGUGGUUGAGGUUAAUGACUGUCAGUGAUUC